AUGGUUGUCUCUCCUCGUUCCGCUGCCCUUUCGGCCAUCGCCUUCGCUGCCGCCGUCAGUGCCCACGGCCACGUCCAGACGGUCGUCGCCGAAGGUGUGACCUACACGGGUGGCAUCCCCAGCGGUGCUCCCGCCGACGCUGUCGGCUGGUCGGCGAGCAACCAAGACAAUGGCUUCGUCGAGCCCAACUCCUUCGGCAGCGCCGACAUCGCCUGCCACAAGAGCGCCAAGCCCCCGAGCAACUCUGUCAGCGUCAAGGCCGGCAGCACUAUCACCCUCCAGUGGAACACCUGGCCCGAGUCACACAAGGGGCCCGUCAUCGACUACAUCGCGUCCUGCAACGGCGACUGCUCCUCGGCCAGCGCGGGUUCUCUCUCGUUCGCCAAGAUCGCCGAGAAGGGCCUUAACUCGGGCAACAACCCGGGCAACUGGGCCUCGGACGACCUGAUCGCCAACGGCAACGCCUGGACCGUCACCAUUCCCAGCAACCUCGCCCCCGGUGGCUACGUUCUCCGUCACGAGAUCAUCGCCCUCCACUCGGCCGGCAACGCCAACGGCGCCCAGGCCUACCCCCAGUGCAUCAACAUCGAGGUGACCAGCGGUGGGUCCUCUACCCCGAGCGGCACCCCCGGUACAUCCCUCUACACGGCCACCGACCCGGGUAUCCUCUUCAACCUCUACGAAGCUUUUGACAGCUACCCCAUUCCCGGCCCCAACGUGUGGAGCGGCUAG